AUGGCGCAGGACGGGGAGGGCAAGCCGUCCGCGCGUCGUGAUCUGCUUCUUAGUAUUCAGAAAGAGCAGCAGGCCAAGUGGGAGGAUGCCAAGGCGUUCGAGGCGCGUGCGCCUGCACCAGGCGAGGCCGCCCCCGAGGGCAAGUUCUUUGGGAACUUUCCCUAUCCCUACAUGAACGGCCUGCUGCAUCUUGGACACGCGUUCUCACUGAGCAAGCUCGAGUUUGCCGCCGCCUACCACCGCCUGUGCGGGCGGCGCGUGCUGUUCCCGCAAGGCUUCCACUGCACCGGCAUGCCCAUCAAGGCGUGCGCGGACAAGCUGGACCGAGAAAUCAGCACCUACGGCUGCCCGCCCGUAUUCCCGUCGGAGGACGAGGCCGCGGCGGACGCGGCGCCCGCUGACGCCGACGCCGCUGCGGCCGCGGCCGCGGCGGACGCGCAGGCCGUCAAGUCGGACCCCACAAAGUUCAGCGGCAAAAAGUCAAAGGCGGCCGCCAAGAAGGGCCCGGGCGCCACCCAGUGGCAGAUCCUGCGGCAGAGCGGCAUCCCGGAGGAGGACAUCCCAGCGUUCAGGGAGUCGUCCCACUGGCUGCGCUUCUUCCCGCCGCUGGCGGAGCGCGACAUGCGCGCCAUGGGGUGCGGCGUGGACUGGCGGCGGGCGUUCAUCACGACGGACAUGAACCCUUACUACGACUCGUUUGUGCGGUGGCAGUUCUGGACCCUGUACAAGCAGGUGGGGCCGGCAGGCGUAGAGGGCUCCCCCCCUUGA